CAACGCUUUGCGAGUCGGUUCAUUCAAAAGAAUCUGUUCAACAGAACCGAGUCUACUGGGAAUCACUCCGAUACUUAACGCUCAGCGCGUACGCUUGUAUUUAACAGAGUGAUGGGAGGAUGUUUGGAUAUAGCGCACUUCUUCAUCCGCAGCAGAAGAAAAGAAUCUAGUGGCAAAGAAAACGAGAGUGGAUGUACAAGGGGCUUUUCGUUUUGUAUUCUACAGGUCGUUUCUUAAUGAAUAUUUAAAUGGCUUGGAAAUGGAGAUAGCUUUGGUGAGCUUUGACAAGCGGGGUGAUGGAGAACCAUAUCAAAACCAAAACUCCCUGGAUCAUCCACGCUUGGUCCACAACAAAGAACUAUACUCGAGAAGUCCACAGCAGAGCUCGUGGAAAAUGAACGACAUGAACAACACAAUGAUGGGCUCCACUGAGAAUACGGUGGAUUAUUACAGUCCCCAUUUGUUUGAAGAGGACAUUAUGGAUAUGGACCAUGAGAACAACGAACGAGUUCUUAUCAAUAUCGCCGGCCUGAGGUUCGAGACGCAGUUGGGCACUCUGAACCAGUUUCCCGACACUUUGCUGGGAGACCCGGACAAGAGAAUAAAGUAUUUCGACCCCCUCAGGAACGAGUAUUUCUUUGACCGCAACAGACCGAGUUUUGACGGAAUUCUAUAUUUCUAUCAGUCUGGCGGGAAAAUCCGACGACCCGUUAACGUGUCAAUCGACGUGUUUGCAGACGAGAUCCGCUUUUAUCAGCUGGGAGAAGAAGCAAUGGACCGUUUCCGCGAGGAUGAGGGCUUUAUCAAAGAAGAAGAGAAGCCGUUGCCACAGAACGAGUUUCAGAAACAGGUAUGGCUCAUCUUUGAGUACCCUGAGAGCUCUAGUCCUGCACGAGGCAUAGCUAUUGUAUCCGUCCUCGUCAUCACCAUCUCCAUCAUAACUUUCUGUCUGGAAACUUUACCCGAGUUUCGUGACGAGCGCGAGCUUCCAGUGACUAGUCGCGCUGUCAAUGGUACUCAAGAGCGUCCAUCGCUCACCUUCAGCGACCCGUUCUUCAUCAUUGAAACCACCUGUGUGAUUUGGUUCACAUUUGAGCUCUUUGUGCGCUUCUUUGCCUGUCCUAGUAAGUCUGAAUUCUCCAAAACCAUCAUGAACAUCAUUGACAUCAUGUCUAUCAUGCCUUACUUCAUCACCUUGGGCACAGAGCUGGCGGAGCAGCAGGGUCAGGAGCACAAUAAUGGCCAGCAGGCCAUGUCUCUGGCCAUUCUGAGGGUCAUUCGUUUGGUUCGGGUGUUUCGCAUAUUUAAGCUCUCUAGACAUUCCAAGGGGCUUCAGAUCUUGGGCCAGACUCUAAAAGCCAGCAUGCGAGAGCUGGGCCUCUUGAUCUUCUUUCUUUUCAUUGGUGUCAUAUUAUUCUCCAGUGCUGUUUUCUUCGCUGAGGCAGAUGAACCCGAGUCUCACUUCUCCAGCAUCCCAGAUGCCUUCUGGUGGGCUGUGGUGACCAUGACAACAGUCGGAUAUGGUGACAUGAGACCGGUGACUGUGGGGGGCAAAAUCGUGGGCUCGCUGUGUGCCAUCGCAGGGGUGUUGACCAUUGCGUUACCGGUGCCUGUCAUUGUGUCUAACUUCAACUAUUUCUACCACAGAGAAACUGACCAAGACCAGGCAUCUCUCAGAGAAGAGCCAAAUAAUGGUGGGCCUUUAAACCAAUGUGAUGAUCUCCAUGGGCUGAGGAAAUCAUCAAUCUCUAAUUCAAAAGAUAGAGAGUAUAAUGAAGAAACAAACAUUCCAGUUGAGAAGACUAAUAUGAAAGCUAACAGCAGAAUGGAUAUUAAACGCUCCCUUUAUACGUUUUGCUUGGACACUAGAGAAACUGACCUCUAGUUUGCCCACCUCUAGCCCAUUGCCCAUCUUUGUUUCCAGCUUAAACUAAUUCUAUCUCAGGGAGACUGACCAGGAGUGGGCAUCUUUCAGAGAUGAGCAUAGUGGUGGCCUUUCCAGCCCAUGUGAUGAACUUCAUGUGUUGAAGAAAUCCUCAAACGCAAGAGAUGGG